CAUCUUCCAGCCAUGUGGCCAUGAGUUUAUUGCAUUACCUGGACAACAUGUACAAAAUACACUACCAUGUCCUUUGAACCAUGAGGCACUUGAAGAUCUGUAUGUGGAUUUCCAGUAUCUUCAAGGCGGGUAAAGGGAUUCAUUGCGGUGGUGGUGUUGGCUGUGAUAAGCGAUGCAAACUAGCUUUGGUUCAGAUCUUCAUUGUCUCAGGCCACUGGAUCCUGGCCAAGAACAUAAACUUCUAUAAUGUGAGACUUCCAGUAGAUCCUACUCCAUUCCCAAGCAGCUUCAAGUGUUUUACUUGUGAGAACGUUGUGGACAAUUACAAUUGUAACAGAUGGGCUGAAGAUAAAUGGUGUCCUCAGAACACACAGUAUUGUUUGACAGUCCAUCACUUCAACAGCCAUGGAAGAAGCUCCUCUGUCACCAAAAAAUGUGCUGCCAAGGAAGAAUGCCGUUUUGUUGGUUGUCGCCAUCACAGGGAAACUGGUCAUAUGGAAUGCAUCUCCUGCUGCGAAGGAAUGAUCUGCAAUGUAGACCUGCCAACAAACCACACUAAUGCUGUGUUUGCAGUUGUGCAUGCGCGGAGGACAUCUGGUGGCAGCAGCAGAAGGGCUGGUCACGGCUGUCUUAAAAAAUUGUGCUUUUCAACCAUGAUUAUCCAUUCUUGGCCUCUGCCCAAGGGCGAAUUUUAUUCAACUGUAAUUUAAAUCAUGUGUGAGAGAGAAGAUCAACCUUGUGAGCAUUCUUUGUGGUCCUUUUCACAUAAAUUCUAAUUUUUAUUGCAGUUAUUUGCAAUUAUUGACAUUCUUUUUUAAUAAGAUGAUUUCUGGCAUUAAAGGAUUUAUUGUAAUUAA